GCUUAAAAUAUAAAGUAAAAUAAAAUACGACGUUAAUAACUGUAAGCAAAGAUAUUGAAGAUUGUUGACAAAUUCACAAAGGAUAUUUCAAACGGCAAUCGUUUGAAAUGGAGACAGUUGUUAUGGAUUUUGAAAACGUAAGCCAAUGAGAGCGCUCUUUUUAUCUAUAUUGCCAAUGUUAAAAAUUGUCCAAUUAUAAAAGUACUACUACACAAUUGUGUUAUACUCCUUUAUAUUUUAUAUGAGUUUUAUUAAUAUAUAUUGGUAAUAUCUAUAAUUUUAUUUAUAAGGCUGAAAUUUAAGUGUCGAAAUCAAUGGUCCUUUACAUUCAAUUCAUAACAUGACGAUUGAAAAGUGCUUUUUGCGCCUACUUGAAUAAAGAAUAUACUCCUUUUAAAAUGAAUAUUAUUGCACUUAAAUGUUAAUUCAAAUUAUAAUGUAUAUUAUUUAUUUUUUCGUAGGCUUUAAAAGAUAAAACUAAAUGUGAUGAAACAACUUUUUUAGUGAUGAUAUAAAAUUAAUAGAAAGUUUUUAAUUUCUUAAAGUGCUAUUAUUAAUUCCAUCAAUAUAUUUCAAUAAAUAUAUUUAUACCUCUAUAUUAAAUCAUUAAAGAUUGUAUUUGGGUAAUAAAAAAUAUUUUUCUCUAUUACUAAUAUGUCACUGUUUUAAAUGAGGGUAAUGCUACACAUUUUAUUGCAUUUGAAUGCUUACAUAUUUUGUUUUUAUUAUUUAUCUAACGAUUACACACUCUUUAAAUAAAGCAGCUUUUGUAUAUACAAUAAAGUAAGAUACAGACAAUUAUAUUUUGUUUUAGCAAAUAACAGCAUUAAGUCAAAAAAAGUUAUAUACAUUAACUCCAAAGGUCAGAUUAAACAGUACAUAGGAGAUUUGAAAUGGUGUUUAGUUAAAAAAUAAUAAUUGAGGCAUGGAAAAAGUUUAUUACGUAUUAGUGUACAAUACAAGCUGAUAAUAAUUUAUCUUGUUGAGCCAGGACUACAUCCUGGUAAUCAUUUGCAACUUUUGUUCGCUAAUAUAAAUCAGUAUGUAAUUAUGUCGCGCUUAUGGCUGUAGAUAAAACACGAUCGUUUGUUUUAUUUUCUUAUUUAACUCUGAUGACUGUUGCGGUGGAGUAAUUAUUAUCGUUUUAGUAAAACUAUUUAUUUCUUUAUACUACAUUUUUUAGUGCGAUGAAUAUUUUUUAUAAUUAUUUUUUUAUAACAGUAGUCACUAUUUUUGCAUUUAAUUAUGGAACUGCUCUACGCACCUGGGUAACAACAGAUGAACUUGAAAAUCACAUUAGUCCAGACGAUCUGAAGGAAUUUAUUAAAUGGAGUGCGAAAAGUAACUCCACGGCAACGACUACGCCUGUCAUCGACUACGCUAGCUAUGAGGAAACUACGUCUAUCCUUCCUGUUCCUGAUUUAGUCGACUGCUUCGGCUUAGGUUCACUAACACGACAAAUAUGGCUUUUCAACAUGCGCCCCGACUCAUCUGAUGAUGUCAAUACACACUUCUACUUUUCUUCUCGUCGCAAGCCUGGCAGGGUUCAGGUCUUUGCUGGAUCCCAAUUUGGUCUCGAAUGGGUGGACUUCGACCCGGAUAGAAGAACCAUAUUGAUCGUUCAUGGAUUUAUGAGUCACAGUAAUGCGUCUUGGGUACUUGAGAUGACGGGCGCUUUUCUUGAAUGGGCUGACGUGAAUGUUAUAGCCGUGGAUUGGAGUAAGGGCGGUAAUACUUGGAAAUAUUGGCGAGCUGUUGCCAAUACACGACGAGUUGGUUCUGACGUUACUGGUUUUAUGAAGCAACUCAUGUCAGCAACUGGAGCCAAAGUGAAGGAUUUUCACUUCGUCGGUCACAGUCUUGGAGCUCACAUUGCAUCUUACGUCUCCUAUCAUAUUGGCAAAGUUUCUAGGAUCACCGGCUUAGAUCCAGCGCAGCCAUGUUUUCGGACAUCAAAUCGUGUUGAGCGUUUAGACGAUACGGAUGCAGAUUUUGUUGACGUUAUUCACACAAAUGGGAGACUGUUGCAGAAGAUUGGUUUUGGAUUACCUGAUCCUAUUGGUCACGCGGACUUUUAUCCCAAUGGUGGUAUGAAACAGCCGGGAUGUGGAAACAAGACAAAUUCAAUUUGGGCACGAUUGUUACCAAUUUCGCCGUCUAAACUACAACAAGCGAUCUGCAGCCACGGCCGUGCUUAUCUUCUCUUCACGGAAUCUUUGAUCAACAAUAAUUGCACUUUUCAAGCUCACCAAUGGAAUUUAACUUACGAAGGAGUCAAUGCGAGUCUGCUAGCUGCUUGUAACAGAUUGUCAUCUCCAUGUUCUGCGAUGGGCAUCCAAGCAGUGGGUGGGUCAGGACAACCACGAGCUCGAGGAGGUUACUUCGUGUUGACGUCAGAAAAAGAGCCUUACUGUCAGGACGAUCUUCUCCAUCCAUUGUCAGACUUAUUACGUGAUCUACGUCAAGGAUUCCGUCUUGAUCGGUCGCAAAAAGCAAUACCGAAGGUAACACCAGCCUACGCUGACCCUGAUCUUGAAGAUGUUACUACAACAACUGCUAAGAGUUGGUUACAGAAAUUGUUGAGUUUUGGUUAAUAUCUGUUUCUGCUACAAUAUCAUUUGAAAACUAUAAUUUGUAAGAAAUGCAUCUACUAAUUUAUUUUAGACUUUAGUUUUAAAAAUAAUUUUAAUUUAUUCUAUCAAUUUGUUUGGAUUACAUAAACGAUCUCUGCAAUGCUAUCUUUAACGCUGUUAUGUUUGUAUUGUAAUUGUUUUCGAAUUUUGUUCUAAU